AUGUCGAGGAGGCCGGUAUUGGAAGAGGUCAACGAUGAUGACAUUGAUAACCUUGAUAUGGAUAUAGCGGAAUUUGACCCAGAUUUAAAGACUCCUGUGGCACCAAGAAGACCAGCACCAUCGAUUGUUAGAUCACAAGAUGAGAAUCCUGAGCCGCCAUUGUUUCCUCAAAUGGGAGAUAUACCUGUACCUACCAAGCAACAAACUCAUGAGAGGAGUAAUAUUAUUGAUCCCAAGUCAUUUACACCUGAACAAGAAGCACAUUUCAAAAAGUUUCAAAUCAUAUACCCAUGUUACUUUGAUAUUAAUCGAUCUCAUAAACAAGGCAGACGAGUUAGUAUUGAUCGUGCUGUGGAGAAUCCAAUAGCAAAGACUAUAAGCGAUGCAUGUCAGUUUUUGAAAGUUCCAGUAUUGUUGGAGUUGGACAAAACACACCCUCAAGAUUUCGGUAAUCCUGGUAGAGUUCGAGUGCUAUUGAGGGAGCCAGAAGGCGGCAAACCAAUUAACUCUCUAUUCUUGAACAAGAAACGAUUUAUGAAUGAAAUAGCAGAUUAUUUAGCAACACACCCUACUGAAUUGGACAGUGUUGGCCGUAAGAGUGGAAUUGCAAUGCCACAAGAUUUUCAACAAAAUUUUACACCAGAAGAAAUCCCAAAAGUGAAAGGUUUUAAGAUGAAUACUAUUGUGCCUGUGCAUUCUAGUUUUACAAUGAAACAUCCAAUGACAAAGAGUAUUUAUGACGCAGAGCCAGAAAAUGAGGCAAUCGCACCCAGUGGACACAAGACUAAUAUACCAAAACCGCCAAAGAAAAAAGUGAUGAAGAUUAGGGGAUAA